GAAGCUGGGAGAACCCGGCGCCAGGUCCUCCGGAGCUCUCGGCCGGGAAAGCUCCCGUCCUCCCGCCACUCGGAUUCGGAAGACCCGGCCCCGCCCUCCCGCCCCGGCGCACCCCGCUGCGGCGGCCAUGGCGAGAGGAGACGCCCCGCGGGACAGCUACCACCUGGUCGGGAUCAGCUUCUUUAUCCUGGGGCUGGGCACCCUCCUUCCCUGGAACUUCUUCAUCACCGCCAUCCCGUACUUCCAGGGGCGGCUGGCAGGGGCCAACAGCACAGCUGAGACCCCGAGCACCAACCACACGGGCCCUGCAGACAACUUCAACUUCAACAACUGGGUGACGCUGCUGUCCCAGCUGCCUCUGCUUCUCUUCACCCUCCUCAACUCCUUCCUGUACCAGUGCAUCCCUGAGGCGCUGCGGAUUCUGGGCAGCCUGCUGGCCAUGCUGAUGCUCUUUGCCCUGACGGCGGCUUUGGUCAAGGUGGAUCUGAGCCCCAGGCCCUUCUUCGCCAUCACCAUGGCCUCCGUCUGUCUCAUCAACUCCUUCAGUGCAGUCCUGCAGGGCAGCCUCUUCGGGCAGCUGGGCACCAUGCCCUCCACCUACAGCACCCUCUUCCUCAGCGGCCAGGGCCUGGCUGGGAUCUUUGCUGCCCUUGCCAUGCUCAUGUCCAUGGCCAGUGGCAUGGAUGCCCAGACCUCUGCCCUGGGGUACUUCAUCACGCCCUGCGUGGGCAUCCUUAUGUCCAUCGUGUGCUACCUGGGCCUGCUCCAUCUGAGGUUUGCCCGCUACUACCUGGCUGAGAAACCAUUGCAGGCCCAAGCUCAUGAGCUGGAGACCAAAGCCGAGCUCCUCCAGUCUGAUGAGAAGAACGGGAUUCCCAACAGCCCCCAGAAGGCAGCCCUGACUCUGGAUCUUGACCCUGAGAAGGAGCCAGAGCUGGAGCCAGAUGAACCCCGAAAGCCAGGAAAACCUUCAGUCUUUGUUGUCUUCCGGAAGAUCUGGCUGACAGCGCUGUGCCUUGUGUUGGUCUUCACAGUCACUCUGUCUGUCUUCCCUGCCAUCACAGCCAUGGUGACCAGCUCCACCAGUCCUGGGAAGUGGAGUCAGUUCUUCAACCCCAUCUGCUGUUUCCUUCUCUUCAACAUCAUGGACUGGCUGGGACGGAGCCUGACCUCUUACUUCCUGUGGCCAGACGAGAACAGCCGGCUGCUGCUGCUGCUGGUCUGCCUGCGUUUCCUGUUCGUGCCACUCUUCAUGCUGUGCCACGUGCCCCAGAGGUCCCGGCUGCCCGUCCUCUUCCCGCAGGACGCCUACUUCAUCACUUUCAUGCUGCUCUUUGCCAUUUCGAAUGGCUACCUGGUGUCCCUCACCAUGUGCCUGGCUCCCAGGCAGGUGCUGCCCCACGAGAGGGAGGUAGCCGGCGCCCUCAUGACCUUCUUCCUGGCCCUGGGACUCUCCUGCGGAGCCUCCCUCUCCUUCCUCUUCAAGGCGCUGCUCUGA